AUGAGGAGGCUCGCAUACGUCGCUGGUCCAAUGGUUGCAGUAAACUCUUCUGCCUAUUUUCUUCAAGUGAUAUCGAUAAUGAUGGUUGGUCAUCUCGGUGAGCUUUUCCUCUCAAGCACCGCCAUUGCAGUUUCUUUCUGCAGCGUCACCGGUUUCAGCCUCGUGUUCGGUUUAGCUAGUGGGUUGGAGACUUUAUGUGGUCAAGCAAAUGGAGCUAAGCAAUUCGAGAAGCUUGGAGUUCAUACUUACACAUGGAUUUUUUCGUUGUUACUUGUGUGUAUUCCUUUGUCUGUUCUAUGGAGUUUCAUGGGUGAUAUACUCUUACUUGUUGGGCAAGAUCCUCUGGUUUCUCAGAAAGCAGGGAAGUUUGCAACUUGGCUCAUACCAGUUCUCUUUGCUUACGCCAUACUGCAGCCGUUAGUUCAGUUUUUUCAAGCGCAGAGUCUGAUUCUUCCUUUAGUUGUGAGCUCAGUCUCUGCUAUAUGUUGCCACCUCGUCCUUUGCUGGAGCUUGAUCUUUAAGUUUGGGCUUGGGAGACUCGGUGCCGCUAUUUCGAUCAGCCAAGAGCCGUGCAACUAUCUCCAUGAUCAGUGUGUUUAA